ACUAGAUUUGUUCGAUUGAUAACUAAUAACAUAAAUUGUCCUCAUAAAUCGGUUGUCAUGAUCUUUCACUGUAUUAGUGAGAACAUUUGGCGCUCAGAAGUAAAACAAACCCUGUUUAUGCUGUGCUUUAAUUAGUUUAUUUAAUUCGCGCCUGCACUAAACAUUUCCCAGCGGAACGUGAAUCAGUCAGAAGAAGUGACAGUGAAAUAUGAAUUCUGAAUAUGAAUCUGCUGCAUGGCUGUUUGAUUGCGUGUGUGGGGAUUGUUGGUGUAGUCCUUCUCCUCAUCAUCGGAUCAGAUCGAGUGUGUUCUGAGUCUCGGUGUGUUUCAGAUCAGACUCAGGACUGCAGUGUGUGUGAGGAACCUCGCAGGUGUGGAGAUGAUUCCUGUGAAUGAGAUCCGGAGCAUCACGUCGGAGCAGAACCCUCAUCUCCGGGUCCUGAAGCCCUGGUGGGACGUCCUGUCGGAGUAUCUGGGCGUCACCAUGCUGAUGAUCGGGGUGUUCGGCUGCACGCUUCAGCUGACCCAAGACAAGAUAUCUUGUCUGCCGAACCGAUUCCCAGAUCUCUCCGGCGGAGAGCGAGACUGCAGUCACCUGCGGCAGGAGAACCAGAGUCUGUGGGAGUUCUCCAUCACCAAACACCUCGGUCCGGACGUCGUGGAGGUGUUCGGCCGGAAGAACGGUCUGGAUAUCCACCAGUACGAGUUCGUCAACCACUUCUGCUACGAACGGGCCGUGCACUGGUACGGAAAGUACUUCCCUUACCUAGUGGUCAUCCACAGCAUGAUCUUCAUGGUGGCCAGCAGCUUCUGGUUCAAGUUCCCAGGAACGUCGUCUAAGAUCGAGCUGUUUGUGACCAUACUGGGGAAGUGCUUCGACUCUCCCUGGACCACGAGAGCCAUCAGCGAAGUCUAUGAAGAACGGCGAGAGGAGAGGAUGGUCGUGUGGAGGAAGAACACAAUGACCAAAUCAGCCGCAGACAACAACGACGACAUGGUGUCUCUGAUCCGAUCUUCCAUAAAGUCCGGCUCGGAGCAGAAAUCAGCAGAACCGCAGCCGACCGCGUCGCUCUUGGAUAAGAAGGAAGGUGAGCAGGCCAAGGCCCUGUUUGAGAAAGUCCGUAAGUUUCGGACACACGUGGAGGCGGCGGAUCUGCUUUACUUCAUGUACGUGCUGCAGACGGCGCUGAAGGUCUUCAAAUUCGCUCUGAUCACAGUUUACAGCGUGGCACUGGUCCCUAACAUCCAGAUCGUGGUGAUGUGCUCGGUGCCUCCAGAUCUGACGGGGUUCAGUGUGUUCUGCUGUAACUACAAUAAAGCACACCUGUUCUCUAAAUUAGCCUACUGCUACAUCUGCUUCGUGGGAGUGUACGGACUGCUGUGCGUUUAUUCACUUUACUGGCUGUUUCACCGACCGCUGAAAGAGUAUUCCUUUGAGGCAGUGCGCUUGGAGACGGGAAUAAACGACAUCCCGGAUGUUAAAAAUGACUUUGCGUUUCUGCUGCACCUCAGUGAUCAGUACGACGCCCUGUACUCCAAACGCUUCGCCGUCUUCCUCUCGGAGGUCAGUGAAUGUCGCUUACGGCAGCUCAACCUCAACCUGGAGUGGACGGCCGAUAAACUCCGCGCUCGUCUGUCACGCAACGCCUCCGAGAGGCUGGAGCUCGCUCUGUUCCUGCUCCCAGGGUUACCCGACACUGUCUUUGAGAUCUCCGAGGUCCAGUCGCUCAAACUGGAGCUGAUCAGUAACGUGACGAUCCCAGGAACCGUAUCACAGCUUCCAGCCUUACAGGAGAUGGUGUUGAUCCACAGUCCGGCCAAGCUCCAGCUGGAGGCCCUCAGUCAUCUGCGGGAGAACCUGAAGGUUCUGCGGUUGGGCUUCGAGGGCCCGGAGCAGGUUCCGCUGUGGAUGUACAGCUUACAGAGUCUGGAGGAGCUUCACCUGAGCGGCGCUCUGAGCAGUGAGUUCUCCCGCGGUCCGUGGCUCGACUCUUUACGUGAGCUGAAGAACCUGCGCCUGCUGACCUUACACUGCAAGCUGACGAAGAUCCCGCCAAGUGUUGUGGAUGUUUGCGGUCAGCUCCUGCGACUGUGCGUUCACAACGAGGGCACCAGACUCCAGGUCUACAACAGUCUGAAGAAGCUGGUGAACCUGAGCGCUCUGGAGCUGACGGGCUGCGGUCUGGAGCGGAUCCCCAGCGCCGUCUUCAGCCUGUCCCUCCUGCAGGAGCUGGACCUUCGAGAGAACCGCCUCACCACCGUGGAAGAGAUCUUGAGUCUGCAGCACUGUCGUCGUCUGACCGUCCUCAAGCUCUGGCACAAUCACAUCUCCUACAUCCCCGAGCACAUCAGCAAGCUCCGCGCCCUGGAGACACUGGACCUCAGCUGGAACAAGAUCCGCAGUCUUCCGCCGCGCCUCUGUUACUGCACCAAACUCCGACACCUGGACCUUUCCCACAACCAGCUGGCGUCUCUGCCCUCGGAGAUCGGCAUCCUUCAGAGUCUGCAGUUCCUCUCGCUGGCCUUUAACUCUCUGGAGAGUCUCCCCGAGGAGCUGUUCUCCUGUAAGAGGCUGAAGGUGCUGGCGCUGGGGAAUAACAGCAUCUCCUCGCUGUCUCCUCUGGUCGGGAAUCUGGCUCAGCUGCUUCGGCUGGAGCUGAAGGGAAACCGUCUGGAGUCUCUGCCUGUGGAGAUCGCCGACUGUGUCUCGCUCAAACUGACCGCUGUGAUCGUGGAGGACAGUCUGAUGGACCUUCUGCCUCCAGACGUGAAGGACAGGAUGAAGCACAGAUAAUCACAGCACUGGAGCAUUCAACACUUUUUUAAAAUAACUUUUACACUUUUCUAAAUAGACUGUCCUGUGAUUUAUGUGAUGACAUUAGCUUUAUGUAAUGCACAGUUUGUAGUAUUGCAUUAGAAACGAGUGAUGGAAAUGCCAAAUUUCUAAUAAAAAUGCAUUAAUUCGUAAGAAAUGUUUUUUCACUCGCUUAAGGUGGGUUUUACUUGUGUGAUAAAAGGUUAAUGUGAAUAAUGGAAGAUGGAAGCGCAUUUGCUGAAUAAAUUGCUCUUUGUACAUGGGAUUUUGUGCGAUAGGACGCAGAACCAGACUGACCGGAGGACCGAUCUCCUUCUGAAAAAGUAUUUCUGUAUAAUUGUCUUACACGAAACAGCAGCAUUCACCUCUGAAAGCAUUAACCAUAUUUAUUGGGUUUCAUCUCCUCGCUGAGGCACAAGUCAUUUAUUAUACAUACAUAUAUGGAAAUGAUUAUAUUCAGUCCUGCGUUUCUUAGUGAUUCAUAGUGCCAGUUUAUCAGGACAUUUGGGUUUGCUGGAUGAAAAUGGUGCUUGUUCACAAAUGUUUUAUUGGAUAUUCCAAAGUUAACGUUCCAACUUUGGAGGGAAACCAGGUUAUUGAUGAUAUGAGCUCAGUAAUGUAGACUCAUUACAGGAAUUACAAGCACAAUGUUCAUGGGGUGGUGUUGGCGCAGUAGAUAAGACACAUGCCUUUGGUGUGAGAGACCCGGGUUCAAAUCCACCAAUGUGUUCCUGAGCAAAACACUUAACCCCUAGUUGCUCCAGAGGUGUGCGACCUCUGACAUAUAUAGCAAUUGUAAGUCGCUUUGGAUAAAAGCGUCAGCUAAAUGUCAUUGUGUUUAUUUCCUGAACUUUCACCAGACAGACUAGAUCUCCAAGACGGGCUGCACUAAAUAUUUUAAAGUAUUUUAGUAAUCAUGUUUAACAGUGGAAUUCCUGGUUAGGAAAAAAGAUAUUUAUGAUUCUGCAAAAAAGUCUUCACCAAUCAGUGAUCCAAAAGAGCUCU